AUGAUUUUUUCACGCCUUAUUGGGCUUGCCGCCGUCUCUGUUGGUUUGGCGCAUGCCACUAACCUCACGGGAUAUGAGUAUGUUGUUGUCGGUUCCGGAGCCGGUGGCGGUCCCUUGGCUGCUCGUCUCGCUCUGGCCGGCCACAAGACUCUCCUGAUUGAGGCUGGUGAUGAUCAGGGAAUGACUCAGAACUAUUCCAUCCCCGCCUACUCGGCCAGAUCGUCUGAAGAUGAGGCUUUGGCGUGGAACUUCUUCGCUCGUCACUACGCCGACGAUGAGCGUCAGGCUCGGGAUUUCAAGACCACCUACGAGACCCCGGACGGAGGGGAGUAUACCGGUCUUGACCCACCAGAGGGAUCGAAGGUGAAGGGAACCUUGUACCCUCGCACUGGUACUCUGGGAGGAUGCACCGCCCACAACGCCCUCAUUGCUGUCUAUCCCCACCAGUCCGACUUCGAAUAUAUUGCCUCUUUGACUGGUGACAACUCCUGGUCGCCUGAGAACAUGCGCAAGUACUUCACCCGCUUGGAAAAGAAUAACUAUCUUCUCCCUGGAGCCAAGGGCCAUGGCGAUGAUGGCUGGCUCACUACCGAAACCGCUCCGCUCAGUAUCGUCCUGGAAGAUCCUCAGCUGUUGAGCAUGCUCACCGGUGGUGCUUUUGCUCUGGGCAACCUUACGGACAACAUCAUGAACAUCGGCACUCUGCUGGCUGGCGAUGCCAAUGCGGACACGAAGACUCGCGACACCGAGCCUGGAUACUACCAAAUCCCCAUUUCGACUGAUGACGCCCACCGCAAUGGUGCUCGUGAAUUCAUCGUCGCUGUUCGGGAUGCCACCAACGAGGACGGGAGCAAGAAGUACCCUCUCGAUGUCCGCAUGAACUGCCAUGUCACCAAGGUUACUUUUGACGAGUCUGAGGACCCUCCGCGUGCCACUGGCGUUGAGUUCCUGGACGGCCAGUAUCUCUACAAGGCCAGCCCCAGAUCCUCCAAGACCUCGUCGAAAGGUACCCCCGGAUCUGCCAAGGCAUCGCGUGAAGUCAUCGUUGCUGGUGGUGUUUACAACUCGCCUCAGCUGCUCAAGCUGAGUGGUGUCGGUCCUGCCAAGGAACUGAAGAAGUUCGACAUCCCCGUCAUCUCCGACUUGCCCGGUGUCGGCACCAACCUGCAGGACCACUACGAAAUCUCCGUCCAGGCCCACUCUCCCAAGAACUUCAGCUGCCUUGAUGGCUGCACUUUCAACAUCUACGACCGUGAUGACCCCUGUGUCGACCGCUGGGAAUCUCCCGUCCUCGGUGACCGCGGCAUCUACUCCUCUCCCGGUCUCGCAGCUACCAUGUUCUACAAGAGCAGUGUUUCCGCCGAUGACAGCUUCGAUAUCUUCGCUUUCGGUGGCCCCGUCAACUUCCGUGGCUACUUCCCUGACUACAGCAUCAACGCCACUGUUGACCACGACUGGUUCACCUGGGCUAUUCUCAAGGCUCACCCGCGUAACCACGCUGGUACCGUCACUCUCCGCUCUUCCGACCCUCUCGACGUCCCAGACAUCACCUUCAACUACUUCGACACUGGCGUGGGUGACUAUGAAGCCGACCUCCAGGCUCUCUACGAGGCUAUCGAGCUGGCGCGUGAUGCCUUUGACCGCCAGCCCGUCGAGGUCACUGAGGUUCUCCCCGGCAAGGAUGUCACCUCCAAGGAAGACAUCCAGGACUACGUCAAGGACAGUGCCUGGGGUCACCACGCCUCGUGCACCUGCCCUAUUGGUACUGAUGACGACCCGAUGGCCGUGCUCAACUCGAAGUUCCAGGUCCGUGGUGUCUCUGGUCUGCGUGUCGUUGAUGCCUCUGUUUACCCUCGUAUCCCCGGUACUUUCACUGCUGUUUCGACCUACAUGGUCGCUGAGAAGGCUGCUGAUGUUAUCUUGGGUGAGCUUUAA